ACACGUCUCCUAGCUCCCGCUCGACUGCUCAAGCAUACAGAAUAGUUUGCAUUGCCGUGUCGACUUGAUGGUGUUCUUCAUAUAUUGUGCUUGCAAAUAUAUCACUUUUGUCGACAGAAGAAAGGAAAAUGUUCUUUAAGGAUUUGACUAGUGGGCUUUUGGGCAAUGUCUCUACGACUGGUAACAGUACAGACGAAGGCAAGGCGCCAGAGGUUAGCGCAAAAGCGUUAAUAGUAACAUCUGUAACAAAUGGAUUUCUACUUGUUGUGACUCUUAUGAUAUUCUUCCUUCUUCGUCAUAAAUUCCCGCGAGUGUAUACUCCUCGGCUUCUUCUCAAUGGACUGGACUCCUCAAUUGGAAAACUACCAAAUAAUUUAUUAGGUUGGCUAGUCCCAGCUUUAAAAGUUAAAGAUGAAGAAAUACUGCGGUAUUUAGGACUUGACGCUUUAAUGUUCCUCCGGUUAUUGCGUUUGUGUUUUAUAUUUACCAUCAUAAUUUUACCCUAUGGACUGAUCGUUGCUCUUCCUGUAAACUAUCACGGAGGAGUGUCUGAUACAGAUGAUUCGAUUGCGGGUCUAGACCGUCUAACAAUGGGUAAUGUUAAAGCCAAGUCCAGCUUGUUAUGGGUACAUUUUAUUGGAGUUUGGAUGUACACUCUGGUGAUAUUGUACUUCUUGUAUCGCGAGUAUGUUGCAUAUCAGAGAUUUCGGCAGCAAAGUUUAUCUAAUGGGGAUAAAUAUCAUCAUCGAUACCUUGUAAUGUUACAAGAUAUACCGAAGGAGCUUCAAAGUCAAGACAGAAUGAAGGACUAUGUUCUUGAGCGUUUUCCGGAUCAGACUUUAGAUGUGUAUGUUCUAGAAGAUGAUACAGAGUGGAAUAAACUUAUUAAAAAAUAUGUGAAGGCACAAAGGGGUUUAGCUGCAGCAAAUACUGAAUAUCAUAAAACAGGUAUCAGGCCAAAACACCGUCUGAAAAUGUUUGGUAUGACUGGUUCCAUGGUAGACAGUAUAUCUUUUUAUCAAGAAGAAGUAAAGCAUUUGAAAGGAGGGCUGGAGGCUGAAAGAAAUUGUUCACAUCAGAGUUUAAAUCAUUGUUUUGUUGCCUACAAAUCCCAACGUGAGGCAGCCAUUGCUGGAUAUGGCCUUGCAUGGGACCAUUAUACAGAUCAAAUGCAAGCAAGAGUUUGUCCAGAAAAAGAUGACAUUGUUUGGGAAAAUUUAAAAAGAGAUAGACGACUUAGGUUUGUCAUUUCGCUGGUGAUGAACACCGUUGUACAAUUUUUACUUAUUUUUUUCUGGACGGUUCCUGUUGGUAUUGCAAGUGCCAUGGUCUCUUUUGAGAAAAUGGAGGAAAAACUACCAUUCCUUAAAAAUUUGGAGAAACUCGGCCCUGUUGCUACGGGAUUUAUUUCAGGAUUCCUGGCAACUGUUGUUGUAGUUGCAUUCUUUGCGUUGCUGCCAAUGAUACUGGCGUUUCUAUCUUAUAUUAAGGGAACUCAAACGCAUAGUGAAAUUCAAAAGGAUGUUCUGGAAAAGCUUUUUGUUUUCAAGGUGUUAAACCAGUUCGUGAUAUAUAUAUUGGGAAAUACGAUGUUGGAAAGACUUUCAGAGGUACUUGAUCAUCCGUCAGAAAUCCCAUCAGUUAUGGCGAAAGAAAUGCCAUCUGCAGCGAAUUUUUUCAUCAAUUUUAUUAUGUUACGAGCAACAACCAUCUUUGGAAUGGAGCUAUUGAGAAUCGUUCCUCUUAUUCUUAUAAAUUUCAAGAGAAAAUUUUUGGUAAAGAGUGCAAUAGAAGAAAAAGAAUCCUGGGAGGCGCCUGAAAUGUGGUAUUCAACACAGUAUGGCGAAAUUUUAUUGGUAUUCAUCAUUGCUAUCUCGUACUCAGUCCUCGCUCCGCUUGUCAUUCCAUUUGCAAUGUUGUAUUUUGGAUUUGGUUAUGUCACGUGGUUAAAUCAAUUAUUGUUCGUUUACGUACCGAAAUGGGAGGGCGAUGGAGAAAUGUGGCCAAUUAUAUUUCACAGGAUGAUGGCGUCAAUUGUUGUGUUUCUGUUGUUUAUGAUGGGUUUGUUUGGAUUAAAACAAUACGCAGUCCUUCCUAUUCUAAUUCUUCCACUCUUAGUGAUAUGUAUAAUUUUCUGGUAUAACGUGAACCAGAUGUUCGCCAAACAAUGCGCUGCGCUGACAUUCACGUCUUGUACAAAAAUACGUGAUCUUAGCCCGGAUUUAAUAGAGGAAACAUUCCAGCAGUACAAACGUAACGAAAAUAUUCCUGAAUUCCCAAAUGAGGACUCUGAUGAAGACCAGGAAAAACUUCGAUCAAUGGAAGUUCGAGAGUCUGGGGAGAGAGACAAUCUUUUAUCAGGAGACGAUUAAACUCGUGCAAAUACAACACAGUAUAAAAACAUGCAAACACGACACUACAUAAAUACACGCACACGUGCAAUUGUAAAAUUUCAUGAAAGGAAAAACAUCUUCCUUGUUUUCUGAGACAGAACCUGAAUGGCGCAAGAAAUCAGUACACAGGUUAGCACUGAGUUGGAAAAUAUUCCUACAUCAAAGCUAUCAAAGUCAAAGCUUCAAUACAAAUUUGUAUAAAACCGUACAAAUGUUAAUAGAAAAUAAAAAACGCUCAAGUUUUGUGUAUAUGCUAACUA